UCAAAUUUUGAAAGUCGUCGCGAGUGGUUGUUUUUCUCAACAGUUAAAAGGCGCGUUUUGAAAACGUAUAUAUAAUUCGAAGCAGAGCAAAAACACAACAGAAAAAAAAACGUUGAAAAGCUUUCGACUUGUCAACGACCAACAAAGCGCGCGCUGUUAGUACUUUUACAUACAUACUCUACCACACCACACGUUGGAACCUCCAAGCUAUCGGGCAACCGAGCAAACGUGCGGUACAGUAGAGCACCACACAAAGCAAAGCGGUUUCGGUGGGAAGAGGAAGUCUCACUAAUUUUUUGGAAAUUUUCCACCACUUCGUUGUGCUGCAGCUGCGUCGAUUCGUAAUAUUUAGCUGAUUUUUGUACACAUACAUACGUGCAUACAUAUCUACGAGAAUAUUAAAGCAGCACACAUUGUGGGAAAAUCGCUAAAAUGGUGCUGACGAACUUUGAGUGUUGGGCACAUGGUGGUGGUGCUGUUCUUGGCAGCGAUGGCUUUGCGCUUGACUCACGUCACGUGGAUAUGUUCAAUACGCGUAUGGUGCAGCAGCAUCGGUUAAACAACGCAACCGGAAUAGCGGCCGUGUCGCACAUCUCCUCGAAUGGCUAUUAUGGAUUUUCCUAUGUAAAUGCAGCGCAUGAGUCGGCUGACGACAACAGUCACACCAACAACAACAACGACAACAUUAAUAAUACGAAUGUUAACCUUAACAACAACAACAACAACAACAAUAACAAUAAUAACAACAGAUGUGUGCCAAAUGCAAAUAAUGUCAAUGGCAUGCCGUUGAUGCACCACAACAACAACCACAGCAGUAGCAUGAACGUCAGUGCAAUCAGCGUUGACGCUGGCUCUCCUACCGCCGCCGCCGCCGCCGCCGCCGCCGCGACAUUUGGCACACAACGCUGCAAGAAGCGCUACUUUGCGAGCGAUGAUGACUAUGCCAACUGCGCCUUGCUCAACGGCUGUGACAGUGGCGUGGGUGCCGACGGUCUUGAUGUGUGCGUCGCCGCUGCCGCCAAGCGUUGCCGCUUUGAUGACGACUACGCUGCCGCACAGUACUGUAAUGAUUUCUUCUCACUCCCCUCUACACAGAUUGGCACACAAUCGUGUCUUAUGGACACCGAGGACACACAACAACUACAACAGCAACAGCAGCAACCACAGGUAGAUGUCAAUAUGGGCGCUGCAAAUCUCACCAAUCAAACAAUCCACAAUGCGACAACAAAAAGACAUCGGCAAGCCAUAAAUUACGAUACCAGCUAUGUAAACAUUAAUCUAUCUAACAAUAUUAAUGCUGCUAACCAAAACAACACACAAAUCUCUUACAAUAACCAUAAUAUCGAGCGUUUGGCUAGUAAUGCAGCAACAGGGAGAAGUGAGAAUGGUGGUGUUGGCAUUAGUGACAAUAAUGAUGUGAUAUCUGAAGGUGAUGGACAUACUGGUGUUGGACAUACAUAUCAGUUGAAUUCAGCGGGGAUUACUGCCCAAAUUAAAGCGACGAGCCACGAGGACACUACUAGUACAGCCAACAUCGCUGCAUUGUAUGCCAAAACACAUGGCGGCGCUUUCUAUCAAUUCACAGCAGGCAUGACAGGUAAUCAGCCAUAUGUGGAGGAUAUUUGAGAGAAACGUCAAAGGCAAGAGGCAAUGCGAUACGAAGAGCUAAUUCAGCAAGCAUCGAAAUUAACGAAAAUUGUCAUAGUUAUUUUCAUGUUCGCAUUAGCGAGCACUUAUAAACCGAAUUUACUAGGUUUUAGAAAUGAUUUCUGUAAUAUAAAUUGCACUGAAUUUAAUAGAUGUUAGGAAUGAGGAAAACUGUGUACGCCGCUUACUCUAAAAGCGGCUUUGAUUUGUAAAUUGAGUUCCAUUUAGAGAGAAAGAAGAAUUUCCUUUUUUACAGUUA